AUGGAACUAAAAUAAGCUAAGGAGCUUAGAUUAUUUAGUGAGAAUGUUGGAGAGGAGUAUAUUAUGGUGAAUAACAUCAAUACUACUUUGCCACUCUCACUUAUUUCAACACAUCCAAUAAAAAGUAAAGAUUUUAAAAACUAUCCAAUUGGAGUGACUGCUUAUGAGAACUUCUUCACACAUUAGGAAAUGCUAGAAAUAGAAGGGCUCAUCUUGCAAACUGAAGAAUAGUGUUCAAAAAAUGUUUUUUUACCUGAUACUGCCUAAUAAACUUUUUCUGGAACCAGAUUAACUAGAACAAAAUUCUUUUUUGGUUAUAGAUACAUGUGGACACGCUAGUAAUUAAGUGAACCUUUCAGCUAGGUAGCUGCUGGUGUAAGGUGUGAUGUUUCACGGCCUCCACUGUGGGUAAAGUAAAAACUUGUUGAGCCCUUCGAAAAGUGUAAAAUAGUAGAAAAGGAUUUCAUUAACUCAAUUGCCAUGAAUGUUUAUCAUGAUGGCACAGAAGGACUAGCCUAGCAUUAUGACGAUGCAACUCGAUUUAAGCAGGUAUAUUUUUUAAGUUAAUUAUCAAUAGCCAAUUUAUACAAAAGUGGAUACGCAGCAAAUGGAGUAAAGCAUUGUAUAAGACCAUAAGAUAUGACUGGGAAAUCUGCAGCAAUGAUUCUAAGACAAAUGCAUCCAAAUGUUGUUAAAGAAGCUGAUAUAUACGAUAGGAAAAUUGAACUACCAAUGUGGAUGAGUACUUUAUCUAUAGAGAACAAUGCGAAGACUUUUCAUUCAUAAAAAAUUUCAGAAGCUUUAGAAAUCAUCAAGCAAGAAGAGUAAAAUAAAAAAGAUAAAAAGAAUUUCAAAGGUCUUUCUUAGGAUGAUACAGUAGUUCAAAAAAGCAUUAAGACCAAGAAAUUAUUUAAAAUAGAUUAAUCUAGGCAGUAGACUAUUGAGAGCUUUUUUGCUUGA